GCCGCAUUUUCUUUCACUAAGUGAUUUGUAAAAGUAUUUUGUUUUGGUCAAUUGUUUACUCUUUCUACUUACUACUGGAGACUGUGUUUCCAUUUACCGAACAAACUAAUAAAUGUUCGCUCAAAACUGAAGGCCCACCGCCAACACCAAAUUUUUCAAAUUACGGGCGUCUUUCUCUGUCACUCUAAUUGGAGUAAAAAAGAAACAUUCCGCAAUGUGCGAAAUACUGUGUUCGCGGUAGGUCUUCUGUUCAGAACAGUAAGUCAAAACGCGGCUUUAGAUUCGAUGUGAAUUUAAAUUGAUUGUUAUAGCGAUCAGGUAAAUCGAUUCAUACGAUCAUAAUCGGUAUAAUUUUCUAAUUAAUGCUGGCAACACUGUUCCAAACGCCGAUUUGACACACGACCACCAAUAUAAAAAAAAAACAAGACAACAACUAGGCUUGGUGAAUAGGUGUGGCUAUUCAAGUUUUCAGUUUGCAUUUAUUUAUUUUAAUAACUGAUAAUAUUUCAAACUAAUCAAUGUUAGAAGUCUUGGAGUCUGAUAAGCUUGCAUUUGGUAUAUUCUAGUCACUAGAAUCUUUAACAAACGUUAAGUUAUUUGAAAUUUAGGGCGUCAGCCGUUUGCAAAGUAUAUCAAGUUAAAUAUUCAUCAUGUAUGGACGAAAAACUCCAUCUACAUACCGGUCUACGCCUUCAGUGUAUUCCCACUACACCACUAAGUCUUCAACAAAUCUCCGUUCUACAAAGUCCGUCCGAUCCCUGCGAGUGCCGUGGUAUCAGAAGCCAAUACUCCAUGAUGCCUUCGUUCUGGACCUACAGAGAGGUUCUCUGCUAGCUGCAUCUCUGUCUGUGUUCAUUGCCUUGUUCACAUUCGCGCAAAGUAUCUUCAAUCUGUAUUGCCUGGGCAUGGCUGCACCAGGCUCCGUACAUUAUGGAUAUUAUGCCUUCAGCUUCCAGUUUGUGUAUGUUGGUAGUGCUCCUGUUCGCAACGUGUUGAUAAUAUUCUCACUGUUCUCGUGGGUUGGAUCAGUGGCCGUGCUGGUCACUGGGAUCAUACUCAUCAUAGCUCUGAGAAAGGAGCACGAAAAGCGUAUAGCCCCCUGGCUGUACACAUUCGGCGUGUUCAUCCUGUUCCGUCUGGUGGCGUUCAUAUUCGCGGCCAUCGUGAACGACAUGAUCUUCGCCUACAACGCCCUCAUGUGCGUGUGCUGGGCGGUAUUUGUAGUCGCUGGAUGCUACGGGUGGCUCUUAGUCUAUAGCUUGUACUUGGAGCUGUGUGAUCUGACGAAGCUGGAGGAUCUGGCGCAUUUGAGGAUGGGCACGAUGGCGUCCCUGAACGCGUCGCUGGCGGGCUCGCGCCCCACCACCCCGCACAGCGCGCUGUCCACCGUGCCCGCCUCGCAGAUCUGAUGCCCGCCCGCGGCACGCUCACAUACUGACCAGAACACUAACCUUACAGAAAAUACUGCCCUUGAAAACACUGACCAGAAAAGUGGUCUCACUCAUGACCAGAAAAGUGGUCUCACUCAUGACCAGAAAAGUAGUCUCACUCAUGACCAGAAAAGUGUUCUCACUCAUGAGCAGAAAAGUGGUCUAACAAAUAGUGAUACGCAGAAAACUGGGCUCAGUCUGACAUUUACGGAUGAUACGUUGAAAGAUAUUACUGAGGAGAGUAGCGAUGAAGGUACGCCGCUGCCGGUUGAGAGGUAUGAAACUAUAGUGUAGAGCGCUCUUAGGGACCACACAAAUUAAUCAGAUGUAAAAACUCGAAAUUUUGUGACGAAAUUAUUGGAUGACGCCUUUGCGUGAACAGUCAGCGUAUGAAAUAUCUACACGGAGAAAGUGCCAAAAAUAUGCAUACACGACCUUAUUGCCUAUACAUCAAAGUAGUGUCUACAUAUUAUUGGCACGUCAGUUUAGCGUAUGAUAAAAACUAACGGAUUUAACAUUCAUGCAAAGAAACGAAAUGAAUGAUUUUAAAGAAGAGCUGUUUUUUGCUUUAUAAGGUUAUAAGCGAGAUAACUAUUAUAAAAGAGAAUUUAAAAUAGAGGUGGAUUGUCAAAAAAAACUUUAUAGCCACAGUAAAUUUACUGCCAUCUUUGACACAUUAUUAAAACUUUUAGAACGCCAUUUGACUUUGAUCCUUAUUUUUUCACUGAUAUAUGUUAAAUUUGCUAAAUAUAAAAGUGGCGCCAUCUUACCGGGCAUCGGCUAAAGGUUGUGGCGCCAUCGCUCCAAACGAUGCCGUACCUUUGGUCUUUGAUCUGUUACAUGGCGCCACUUUUGGAUAUUUAACAAAUUUAACACAUAUCAGUGAAAUAAUAAGGACCAAAGUCAAAUGGCGUUCUAAAAGUUUUAAUCAUGUGUCGAAAGCUGGCAGUAAAUUUACUGUGGCUACAAAAUUUUCUUUGACAAUCCACCUCUAUUUCAAAUUCUCUUUGCUAUUAUCUAUUGCUUGUUACAUAGGCAGCACAUUUACUUUUCGUAUGCCUUAUUGCGACAUAUUAAGGUCUACUUUUGGUCGGUUAAUUAUUAAUAGGUUUAAUAACGACUUAAACAAGUCUGAUUAAGAUAUUUUUAUUAUAAAAAGCCCUUAUUUGUUAUAAGAUUUCCGUCCAAUGGCUCUUCGCCAUUUCAAAGUACCUAGUAUUAAGUAUAAAUGUACCACUAGAUGUAAGAAAAUAAAUUUUAUGUUAUGUGUAUGUAUAGAUUUGUAUGUAGUAUGUGCAGAAUUGUAAGGGAUAUUUUUGUGAAUCUCAUAUAGAAAUGUAAUUUUUCUAAGAUUUUUUUUUAUAUACAAUACAACGUUUUAAAGUUUUUAAAUGCUAGAAAUAAGGCACGUUGGGUUACCACAUCCACAUCUAACUACAGGCAAAGAGAAUUAAGACCAAGAGUGCUCACUCCAUACAACGGUUUUGUUACCAAAAAUACUACUAUUUUCGUAGUCUACAUCUAGCGUCAAGUAGCGGAACUCUCAGUACUGCUACUCGACAAUAGAUGUUGCGGCAAACAAAAAGUCUAAUGCUCAACGAUUUUCAGCAAAUAUUAUAACCAGAGUAAGCGUAGGAGUUGAAAAUAGAGUUCCGGUUACUCUGGUUAUAAUAUUAGCGGAAAAUCGUUGAGCAUUAGAUUCUUAAUUCUCUUUGCUACGGGGAAUCGGCAAAAUAACGAUAGAAGCUUUAUGUCUACACAUGAAUAGCUAAAAAGGCGUUGUUCUGCUCCGAUCGGCUUAACCAACGCCUGACUUUUUUUUUAGGGGCUAUUGCCGAUUCCGCGCCGAAAUAUAUGGGAAAACCCUUCUCGAAUAUCACUUUGUAUCAUAGAUAAAUAAUUAAGCACAGAGUCCUCACUCUAUGCACCAGUUUUGGUACCGAAACCUUUAUUAUUUUCGUAGUCGACAUCUAGCAUCGAGUAGCCGAUUUAUCAGUACUGCUACUUGACAGUAGAUGUCGCGACGAACGAAAAGUCUAAAGCACAACAAUUUUCGGCUAAUGUUAUAACCGGAUUAACUGGAACUCUAUUUUCAACUUCUGCUUGUAAUAUUAGUUGUAAAUUGUUGAUCAAUGUAAUUAUCGCCAGUAGCAACACUCUUGACAUCUAUUGUCAAGUAGCAGUACUGAUAAUUCCGCUACGUGACGCUAGAUGUCGACUACGAAAAUAAUAAGUGUUUUGGUACCAAAACUGAUGUACGGAGUGAGCAAUCUAUGCUUUGUACUAAAUAGAAGCACUAAGAAUUUCGGGAUUAAACACAAACACACAUGAGAUCUAGUACUCACGGUAAACAAGAGCGAGAGACAGCUAUUUGCCAGACUGAGAUGAUGGUGUAUUAUCUGCUUCCGAAUUUGUAAGCAUAAGUAAUAUCAAGGCUCGGAACCGGUUUUGAAAAUAGCGGUAAAUACCGGUUUAUUUCGGUUUUACUCCGAACUUUCAUAAGAACGCAAACAUUUUAAGAACUUUAUUGUAACCCGACCGGCCUGGUGAAGAGCCGCGUAAACAAAGACACCGACAAAGGAAGAAACCGGUUUUUGUUGUUCUAAACCGGUUAAUCUGACAAGAAAUUUAUGGCAUGUUCUCCUAACAACGGCUUUAAAAAUAACGGUUUUACGGUAAAAGGUUUUGCGCCAAGUACAUGACAACGGUUUGGAAAUUUAACCGGUUUCCGUGCCUUGAGUAAUACGUAUUAAAUUUUGAAAUAAGGCUUAACGCAAAAUGUAAUUUACUAAGUAUUACACUUUCUAGUGCCUUGAACUGCCUUAUAAUUAUGACGCACAUUUUGAAUAAAUGUUUGAGAUAUA